GGAGGCUCGUCCGUCUCGAUAACACCUCCUUCUCGCUCUCUUUUUUUUUUCACAUCCGUCCGUCUUGCUUUCUCGCGGUGUGGCUUCCCUCCCUCUCUUUCUCUCAGCCAGCAGCAACAGAACCGGCACUGGCACCGAAGGGCUGCAGUUGCGAUCGGAUGAUCGACGAGUACGCGUCUGUUGUGCGCAUCGUUGUGUGUUCGCCCGGAAUGUCAGGUGUCUUUUCGAUUCUCAUUAUCGCCUAUCCUCGAUGAAUCGAAGCAAUAGCGAGGCUGAAGCUCUGGAUCAAAAAACGAGAGUGAGCAAUGUUCACGAAGAUUCGUGAGGCUCGCGUAAUCGACAGACGUGCCGGAUCGCGCGGCGUCGCCGGGGCUCUUCAGUAGCAGUCGAGAGGAUCCUGCGGUGAGGAAUCUGCGGCGUAAAAAGAAAAAAAAAAAAAAGAGAAAAAGAAAAAGGGGGAAGGCGAUAAAGGAGAGGAUUUGGCGGAGGAUCGACGAGAGGAAGUGGGGCGCCGGUGCUGGCCACCGGGACCGAUCAUCCUUUCCUUCCUCCAGGAUGUCGUACGCCAAUCGAUUCCCGUCUUCGCAGCACACCCGUUAUCGAAGCAGCUGGGGACCCUCCUCGGUCACCGUGUUCAAUCGAGCCGACGUGCCCAGGCCCUCGCCGGAAGAGGAAGAGUACGCCGAGUUCUAUCACGAGCGUCUGCACUCGGCACAGAGCAGACAGUUGCUGCCGUUGCAGGAGGACCUGGCCGAUUGGAUCAAUAAAACGUUGAACUCUGAAAUUGUAUCGGGAGACAACUUCUUCGACGCUUUGGACAAUGGCGUGGUGGUGUGUCGACUGGCGAGGGUUAUACAGGAAAAGGCGAGGACGGCGAUCGACGCUGGAAGAGCGAAAGGGCCCCUACCGGUGAUAAAAGGUCGUUGCUGGGAGAACGCAGCGCGUCGCAGUUUCUUCUCCCGCGACAACAUGGAGAACUUCAUACAAUUCUGCAGGCGUCUGGGCGUGCACGAGAAUCUUCUAUUCGAGAGCGACGAUCUCGUUCUACACGGGCAGCCGAGAAACGUUGUGCUGUGCCUGUUGGAAGUGGCCCGACUGGCGUCGAGGUAUUCCGUCGAACCACCAGGACUCGUGCAGCUCGAGAGGGAAAUCGCCGCCGAACAAGAGCGGGAUCUUCACUGUCUGUCCGAUAGCGGUAUAUCCCGCAGCAGUCGUUCUUGGCAGUUUCAAUCACCGUCACCGACCGCAACGCCCAGACCUCCUUCAGAGAAGAUCAAACACAGCAGUUCAGCAUCAGAAGUCGCGUUGACGGCGACAGGAUGGCUGGAUCCGAGCAACGGUGUGACGCACGAGCCUGAAAUGAGAAGAUCGAUGAGCGAUAAUGGGCCGCCAAAAGGUAGCGAUGGGGAACCGAGCGACACGACCGAGGAUGACUGGUCACGUGGAAGCGCGGAGGAUCCGGACGAGCUUCCAUCGCCGACUAGUUCACCUUUGCCCUCGCCGGCCGAGCCACCGGAGCACACUGGUCCAAUAACGGAACUCGAUCGCAAGGUAAGAAGAGCUACAGAGGCCGUGCAGAGACUUUGCCAGUGCCCCUCCGAGAGAUGCUCCAAACUGAAGGUGCGAAAGGUUGGCGAAGGACGGUAUCAUAUCGCUGGACGAAAUGUCUUCAUCAGGCUUUUGAAGGGGAGACACAUGAUGGUCAGAGUAGGCGGGGGCUGGGACACCUUGGAACAUUUCUUGGCGAGGCACGACCCUUGUCAGGUGAGGACUCUCAACGCGAGCACGCCGCCUUCUCCUCACGGCAACAAGCACACCAACUUUCUUCCCAUUCGCGCCAAGUAUCGCAGUCCUCCGCCGGAAUCCGUCUCAGCCCGCUAGCCUAAAAGCACAGUGCCUGUUACAAAUCCACGCUACUUCACGUUCAUAUUGCUGUUGGUUCGUUUCGUACAAGUAGAGAAAGAACACGUUCGACAGGGUCAACUCUCGUUCCGCGUUUCUGUUUCUGAAAUGAUAUAUAAGAGAUUGCAAGGAUACCAAGCUGAUAGAUCAAUCAUAUGCGAAAACCAUAUGCAUGCUUGAAUUCUUUAUGGAAU